AUGCUCAAGUCCAUCCAUGAGGCUGACAAGCCUGCCCCAAGGGGAAAGAAGGCUGACGAGGGCAAAGAAAAACAGGUAGCAAAGGGAGUGAAAGGCCCAUCUCCCAAGAAAAGAAAAACCACCAAGACUGUCCAAUCCCCACCGCUGAAGAGGAGAAAAACCCAACUGAGGCGAAAGCUAAUCAUCGCUUCAUCCUCAAGCGAAUCUGAGGAAGAGAGUUCUGCUUCUGAAGGCUCUCCUCGUGGUAACACUCCACCACGAUCCCCUACCCCUGAAGUUCACUUUCCCACUUCUCCAAUCUCCUCUCCACCCUUCACUAUUCCUAUUUAUAUUCCCCCCAUAACUUCCACCACUGAAAUACCACCUACCUCCAUCCCAAUACCCCCUCCCAUCUUUACCGAAGUAACCACCACCACAGCAGAAGUAAGAACCAACGUAUCUGAUACGGGGGUUCCUACUGAAGCACCCAAACCACCACCAACUACCGAACAUACAACCCAACCAGAACCUACUACAACUACCGAGCCUCCAUCUUCACCACCCCCCUCCUCUCUUAUUCAUCCAGCAGAGAGCGAAGAACCAUUCCUCGGUGGGGAGGACAUGACCUCUGAUUUGGUCUAUUAUAGUCCGUAUCAAGUUCAGAGGUAUCCUGCAUUAGAAGGUGUGGAAUUAGCUUCCAUGCCUAUUCGUAUUUUCAGUUUGCUACUGAUUUCAUAUGUGGCUGGCGUUGGUGAUGUUCAUUCAGUAGCAAUUAAAGGGUUAAAAGCUAGAUGGCAUCAAAUGUCAAGAAACUGGGGGCAGAAUUGGUAA